CGUAACGUUGCCAAUUUCUCCCUUGUUUGUCGUUUUAUUUUUUUUUUUUUUACCUUUUUUCCGGAGCUUUUAUUCUCCGGGGAACAAACGACAUGAUCGGCUAGUGGUGAUUUGUCAUCUUUUUUUAUACGCGAGUGUCGUGAGGGAGGAUAUUGUUAUCUCUCACCCCCCCAAUGAAUAAUAUUUUGCGAUAGGUGCGUGGGUGUGAGUGCUCAUCCGACACAAGGUGUUUGUUGUGAAAUAUCCGGGGUGGGUAUGGUGUUGCUUGUACUCACCGGUGUGGUGUAGGGAAGGAAAAAAAAAAAAAAACAUGUAGCCGGUCAGCUAAGAUGUGGACGACUACGAGGACCACCAAGUACGCCGUCGCUAUUUACAACUGGCGGGGCGACACGCGCUACGGUCUGCCUCUCGAAAUUGGCGAGACCCUCCAGAUCUUGGAAGAAUGUGCGGGAUGGUACAGAGGCUUUUCGACGAAAAAUCGCACUGUGAAGGGAAUAUUUCCGAAUUCCUACGUACACUUGAAAUCAUGCAAAAUCGAAAACGAAGGGCUGUUCGAGUCGGUCAUACCUCUCGAGGAUCCAGUCGUGCGAGAAGUCACACUAGUCUUGAGAGAAUGGGGUGGCAUUUGGAAGAAACUAUACGUGGACCGGGAGACGUACAAGUUCAACACGCUGCGAAAGGUCAUGUGCGAACUGCUGGAGUGGCGUCGACAGCUGCUCGCCGGCACGCUCACGACCGACCAGACGCGCGAGCUCAAGCUCCAGAUUAUCAACAAGGUCGACUGGGGAAAUCGAAAACUGGGCCUUGACUUGGUACCACGUCAAGGUGCCCACAUGGUGGACCCCGACUCCAUGUCCGUGAUCGAACUCUACCACGUGCACGUCCAAAGCGCUGAAAAUUCCCAAGGCGCCUCGGCUCGGGGCACCUUACGUCGCAAGGAACACCGAAAGGUCCUCACGCACCACCUGUACUUCUGCAUGCGCGACUUUGGCCACUCGGUCGGCGAGGACGCCGAGAUCUACUUCUCCCUGUACGACGUCAAACGCGGCCAGUACAUAAGCGAGCGUUUCCUCGUGCGAAUAUCCAAGGAGGGUUUCUCCAACUACGUCGAGAAGAUGCACAGCAAUUGCACGAUUUUCACGGAUCUCGGGAACGCGGAUCUCACGCGGGAUCUGUACAUGGUGGCGCACGUCAUGAGGUGCGGCAGGAUGCUGUACUCGGAUUCGGGGAAAAACAAGGCGGGCACUGUGGUCUACAGGAGGCCGCACGGCGUUGGGGUCCUUUCGCUGGCCGAUGCCACCCAAGAGCAGACCGACGAGCUUGAACUUACCUUCAAGGUUUAUCAAGGGGACGAGAAGGAAUUUCACCAGCUGCACGAGCAAAUCAUACGGAACAACAAGUGCUCCCCGCUGCCUGGGCAGCCCAACUACGGGAUCGUGGUGUCGUUCCGCGUUUUGCACGGCGAACUGUGCCAGGUGCGCGACGAGAACCCCCUGCUCUUUAAAAACAUCUGCCUGACCAAGAAGCUCGGCUUCUCGGACGUCAUCAUGCCCGGCGAUGUGCGCAACGAUCUGUACCUCAAGCUCGAACGCGGCGAGUUUGAACGCGGCGGAAAAUCCACGGGGAAGAACAUCGAGGUGACCGUACUGGUGCUGGACGCCGAGGGCCAACAGCUCGAGGACUGCCUGUUCGGAGCAGCCGGGGCGGACGGGACUUCGGAGUAUCAGAGUCUGAUCAUUUACCAUCACAACAGUCCCUCCUGGGCUGAGAAUCUCCGGCUGGCCGUGCCCAUCGACAAGUUCUACGGGAGCCACGUUCGCUUCGAGUUUAGGCACUGCUCCACUCGGGAGAAGAACGACAAGAAGCUCUUGGCGUUCGCUUUCGUACGGCUAAUGGAAGCCGGGGGCGCGACCCUUCAAGACGGCCUGCACGAGCUCUACGUUUACAAAUGCGAGGAACGUGCGAAACUGGAGUCACUCAGCUAUCUUGCCUUGCCGAGCAAUGCGCGCGAGCCAAACUAUCCGGGCAUCGGACCGUUCACCCGUUCGCCAAAAGAAGCCGUGUUCAUUCAGACGUUGCUCUGCAGCACGAAGCUAACACAAAACGUCGACCUCCUGAGUCUACUGCAAUGGAAGACGCACCCGGAAAAAAUCUCGGAGGCUCUCAGUCGCGUUUUACGACUCGACGGCGAGGAGCUCGUCAAGUUCCUCCAGGACAUUUUGGACGCCCUGUUUGCCAUGUUCCAUUCGGAGGAUGGAAAUUCCACCGCGCACUCGGGCAUUGUUUUCCAGGUACUCGUGUCGAUAUUCAAUCUACUCGAGGACUCAAAGUUCGAGCACUUCAAGCCGGUGAUACACGCGUACAUCUCCGGCCACUUUGCCGCAGCUCUGGUCUACAAGGGCUUGGUCAGCAGCGUGCAGCACUGCACCGAGUGGGUCACGGCAGUCGAGAAGCAAGAGUUCAUCAUGAAGUGCUUCCGCUCGCUCGAGUACAUAUUCAAGUUCAUCAUUCAGAGUAGAUUGCUCUACGCUCGGGCCACCGCUGGACAGUUCGAGGACAGUUUCCGGAAGGACAUCUACAUGGUCUUUGUUGGCUUUAACAAAAUGAUGUCCCUGCCCUACGAGAUGGUGCUUUCGCUUCAAGUGGCGGUGAUGCACUCGAUACCUGCGGUGUUUGAGCAGCUGAUAGACGUGCUGUCGACCACGGAGGUCACCACCCUCACUUGCUCCAUGUUGGAGUCCAUACCUAGGGAUGCCGCGCCACAGUUGAUGCAAGCCAAGCUCGAAGCGAUCAAAAGCUUGGUGAUGUCGGAGCUCUUCAAGGACGACGAGAGCAGAAGCAUACUUUUGGCGACGAUCUGUCGACACCUCAGGAUUCACUUGGCGAGACGCGAGGAAUUGCGGAUGUGCACCGAAAUACUCGGUGAAAUAUUGAGCUUCAUGCACAAAAGGGGCAAAGACGUCAAGGUGAACAAUUGCGUGCACCACGACGUCGAGACGAUUUGUCUGACUGUGCUCGAUGUUCUCAUCCAAACGAUUCUCAUAAUCAUCAACGCUGGCGGUUCGGUGCUCAAUUGUCUGGUAGCUUGUCUGAUGGGUCUGCUGCAAUUAUUGGAUGAAUAUCAUUACGCGAGGCUGUGGGAGGAAUUGACGCCUGGUGGCGAGAGAAAACCCUUGAAAGACUUUUUGCUGAGGGUGUUUCUGGUGCUCAGAGAAUUAGUCAGGCAGGAGAUCUUUCCACCUGAUUGGCUGGUCAUGAGCAUGCAAGCCAACAAUAUUAUGCUAAAGUCUCUACAAGAACUUGCGCAACCGCUGGCUUUUAGAUUUUUGCAUGGAAGUUUCGAUUCUCAAUUGUGGUCGACGUACUUUAAUCUAGCGGUCGCGUAUUUGACGCAGCCGUCACUACAAUUGGAGCAGUUUUCCGAAGUCAAACGAGAAAAGAUCGUCGAGAAGUACGGUGACAUGCGAGUGCUCAUGGGCUUUCAAAUUCUAUCCAUGUGGUCCCAUUUGGGCGAGAGGAAGCUUGAAUUUAUCCCGGGUAUGGUGGGUCCUUUCCUAGAAGUGACUCUGGUACCAGAAAACGAGCUACGAAAGGCAACGCUUCACAUUUUUUUCGACAUGAUGGAGUGCGAACAACGAGCGCGAGGUAGCUUCAAGUCUGUCGAGUCGGAGUUGAUCGACAAACUGGACAUUCUUAUUAGCGAGAAUAAGGGGGAUGACGAGUACAGACAGCUAUUUAAUACCAUGGAACAUCUCAGUGCGGUAUUGCUGGAUCGCGUGCAGUCGGAGGACCCAACGUGGAAGGACAGCGGCACCGCUUUCAUCACUUCCGUGACGCGGCUUCUGGAACGAUUGCUCGACUACCGGAGCGUCAUUCAAGGCGACGAGAACCGCGACAAGCGCAUGUCAUGCACCGUUAAUUUGCUGAAUUUCUACAAAAAUGAAUUCAAUCGCAAAGAGAUGUACCUUCGCUACAUCUAUAAGCUUCACGAUCUGCAUCUCGCCGCUGAAAACUACACCGAGGCCGGGUUCACAAUGAAACUCUACGCAGAUCAACUGGGCUGGAGUUCGGUUAUUUUAGCGGCUGAUCUCAAUUAUCCGCAACAACCCGAGUGGCAACGCAAGGAGUUACUGUACCAUAAGAUCAUUCACUAUUUCGAUCGUGGAAAGUGCUGGGAAAAAGGUAUACCAUUGUGCAAGGAAUUGGCUGGGCUCUACGAGACGAGGCUCUACGAUUAUGCAAAAUUAAGCGAGCUUCUGAAGACUCAGGCAAAGUUUCUUGAUAAUAUUUUGACUCAACUUAGGCCCGAGCCCGAGUACUUUAGAGUCGGGUUUUACGGAUUGAGUUUUCCACUUUUUGUAAGGAACAAGCUGUUUAUUUAUCGAGGUUUGGAAUACGAACGCAUUGGGGCAUUCACUCAACGACUUCAAACAGAAUUCCCAAGUGCCCAAAUUUUAACAAAGAACUCGCCACCUGAUGAAACGAUUCUAUCAUCAGAGGGUCAAUACAUCCAAAUCUGCAACGUAAAACCGAUUCCUGACGAGGGCAGCUUGGGUUGUAGCCAGUUUGAAAUUCCAGAACGCGUUGUCGCUUAUUACCUUGUAAAUGACGUACGGCGUUUCAUAUUCGACCGUCCCUUACACCGAGGCCAGGUGGAUCGUGAAAAUGAAUUUAAGUCGCUAUGGAUUGAGAGGACGAUGCUUACGACUGAAGCUAAAUUACCUGGAAUAUUGAGGUGGUUCGAGGUCGUAGAAAAGCGCUCGGAACUUUUGGCUCCAGUACAGUAUGCUUGCGAAACGAUGCAAAGUGUCGAACGUGAAUUAAGAAGACUAGUUGCUCAGUACACUGCUGAACCACAUCGUAACAUUAAUCCGUUCAGCAUGCGGUUGCAAGGUAUAAUCGAUGCAAACGUCAUGGGUGGUAUAACUAAGUAUCAAGAAGCAUUUUUAACGGCAGAGUUUGCACGUCUGAACCCGGAAAUGGUACCCCACGUCAAUCGUCUUAAAAAUCUCAUAAUUGAUCAAAUGAGCGUGGUAGAGGCUGGCCUGUUACUUCACGGUCAGAUUGCUCCGCCUGGGGUUCAGCCACUUCACAAGCGUCUCAUAGAAAGAUUCACUCAACUGAAACAAAGCCUUGGACCACUAACUAGGCAACGUCUGGUACAUCAGGAUAGCAUCAUCAAUUCACCAUUACCCCCUCUACCGGUCAAUGAUAAACAACGCCCGUCUAGCUUAGAAUCCAUGCCAGGAUCACGAAUGUCUCGAGCUGACAGUGAUGGUCACUUGGACGACGAAGGUUUUUAUACCAAACUUGAUGGCCCCCCACCGCCAAUACCACAACGGGAGGUGCGACCCAGAUCAGUGGGUUAUGGAACUACUCCUCCACGGCCAACGCAUCAACGAUCACUUAGCAAACCUCUGAGUCCCAAGCUACCCUUGCGUAACUCACUAUCAACUCCUACGACCGAUGGUACCGAGCCCACAAAUAUGAGAAGUUCCUGGAGUGAACCUGGAUCAGAACCGGCACCACCUCUACCUCCAAGAGGUUGUACACCUGACAAAAGGGAUAUCAACUCGGGUCUCAUGGCCCCACCAGCACCACCAAAGCGUCUUUCACAUAAGCGCAACACCGACUGGAGUGCAGAGGAAGAUGGACAUGUCAAUAGCAACCACAACUCGCAUGACUUACGUGACAGCGGGAUCUCAACUUUGUCCAGUCUCUCAGAUUUUCAGUCGCACUUGACAAAUCUCAACAACCUCAGCUAUGAAGAUUUCGAACCACGUAUACGCUGUAGCGAUAUCAUGAACAUUUCACCGCCUACGGCGAUCAGCGUUAGCACAAUGAAUGUAUCUUCAGUUAGCAUCUCCAACAUUACGUUCCAAAAUUCUAGUAUGAUCUUAAGCCAAGAGGUAAGCCCACCGCCAAUUCCACCGAAAGCUCAUCAGGAUACUCCAUCUGCGCCAUCCACUUUGGAACGAAUUACCAAUCGAAGCCACAGUUCCACUGGAAAUGAGCGAAACCACAAUGACAAUUAUUCUGUACCAAAGCUGCAGACGCUCUCCAUUUCCUCGGAUGUUGAGGGCAAUAUUUGA